AUGGAUUUGAAACCGUGGAAUCAUGUAACAGAAGCUCAUCAAGCUUCCAUCUUAGAAGACAUAAAGGCUAUUGCUGAAGCAGGAGAGAAAAAAUCAGUAGCAGACCGCGAAUUGGCAGCAAUAAGCAAAACGAACAAAGCUAAUCAUAAAAGAUCGACAGAUUUAAAAAGGGUUAGAAAAGAAGAAUCUGAAAAAGAAGAAAGCAGUGAUUCAGAUUACUCACCGCCAGGUAAUGCGAAACGGAAGCAAAUCAAGGAUAAUACUCGUCCGAUACACGUUGGAAAUGAAAAGCCAUCGUUUAUGAUUAAGGAAGAAACAUCAGAUAAAUAUGCAAGCAAACGAUUAAGAAGGAAAUUAGGAAGAAGCCAAGAAGAACAAGACGAUUUUUUGCCUUGGACCGCUGUUGACGACAACUUCCAACCUAUUGGAAGCCAGGAAGUCGGGAAAAAAGUAAGAGAGCCCGAGGAAGCUCCAAUAUUAAAAGAAAACAUACCUCUUCAGGAAAGUCAAGUGAAGGAGAAUACAAAAACAAAGAUUCCUGCAGUAAAAUCAAAGUUCCAAGGAAAGUUAACCUUCAAAGCUAAACCACCUUCUGAGGAAAAUCAGAAAACGGAGGGCAUUCGUUCAUCAGAUAUUCGCGAAAGGAAGCCAGAGGAAUUGGAAACGCGUAGUAAUUCAAAGAGAAGUGAGCUGGACCCCUUCACUCAGGAGUACACAUACAGAUAUAAUAACGAUUUUUGUUCGGCUUGCCACGGAUCGGGUAAUUUUCUUUGUUGUGAAACUUGCCCUAAUAGCUUUCAUUUCAGUUGUAUUGAUCCUCCUAUUGAGGAAACGAAUCUACCGGAUGGUGCUUGGUAUUGUAACAGUUGUCGCUAUAGAUCUUUAUACGGCGAAGGUUCCGAUCACGAAGACACGGAAGACAAAAUAAAAAAAGAGCAAAAUUCUAUGGUGAACGUUUGGAUGCGUCUAUGUACAGAAGUUGACUCAAGCAAUCCUUCUCAGUUUCAAUUGCCAUACUCGAUACGAUCUUAUUUCCGGGGAAUUGGUAUCGGUGUUUUUGGUGAAUACUUGGAAACAGAUAUAAUAAAGCCAUCUAGAACAGGACGCAAAAACAUCAUGGACGAUAUGGAUGCAUUUUUGUUGAGAGAUCGGAAUGGAGCACCUGUACGUUGUUAUCAUUGUCAAAGUUCUGUGCUACCAUCUCAAAGCAUGAUAGUGUGCGACUAUUGUUUGUCUUACUGGCACCCGGAUUGCCUUUCUCCUCCCUUGUCUACUUUACCUUCUAGCGUAAGAAAAUGGAAAUGUCCAAAUCAUGCUGAGCAUGUAACUCCUCGAUAUCGAUUGCCGAAAAGAGCUAAAGUAAUUGAUGUGGGAUUACCCCGUGGCUUUAAAAAUAGGGGUAACAUAAUUAUUGAUGAUCGUGAAGACAGAGAAUCGAUUCAAACUAUUCAAUGGCAAGGAAAAAUACGGGUUGUGCCUACGAAAACCUUCAAGUUGAAUUUUUUGGAACAAAUAAAGGACAAUAUAAAUUAUAUGGAGAAAAUGUAUAGGAAAAACGAAGCGGUUUGUCUAAAGAUUCUUCCGCAAUUAGCUUCGUAUGCUUCCCGAGAUUGCGAAUUUCCGUUAAGAGUACUUUCUGAUGUUGCAAACAACAAUCUUGGAAAUGAUGAUUAUGUGCUGGCGUUGCGAGAUUUACUGCGGAUACUUCGAUGGGAUCCUUCUAAGCCUGUUCCCCGUCCUUCAGAGCUUGUGGAUCUUUCUAUACGCCAUUUAAUAUAG